AGUUCCACCCCGGCUCACAAGCUUGUGGACCCUAGGGUUCCCGCACUCCCAUCCCAUGGCGCUCCUCUCCGACGACGCCGAGUUCUACGCCCGGGCCGCCGCCGCGUGGCUGCUCUCCGCCUGCCUCGCCGCGGCGAUCCUCAGGGGCUGGAUCCGCGGCCAGGCCUUCCGCGCGAGGACGUUCCACCUCGCCCUACUGUUCUACAGCACCUGGCUCGCCCGGGACGCCCUCAAGCUCCACCUGCUCCACGGGAUCCUCCCCAAGUCCCGCCGGUGCCGAGGCCCCGGACUCGCCGGCGUGCUGGCUCUCGGGGAGCGCGUUCUGAUGGGCAAGGCGUGCCUCCGCGUGCUGCUCUGGGUCGCCGCCGCCUGCUUCCUCGCAGGGCUCGCCGCGGGCGCGGCCGUGGGCGGCGCCAUCUGGGGGAAGAGGAUGCCGGGGCCGGCACCGCCGCCGCUGCGCCCGACUCUUGGUGCGCCUGCAAGGAGGGGCCUCGGUGGGGUCGGAGGCAUCCUCGUCGAGAUCCUGCUCUUCGUUCCCUGCGUUCUGUCGUGCGUGCACGGCUUGCCCGUCAUGGUCAUCGACUACAUGGCUGCUACAGCGAACUGCGGGCCGGGGAUGCGGCGGUAGCGGCACCGGCAUAGCGUCUGGUAAGCCAUUUUCAGUUCCGGGGAUCGGAGCAUUUUGAUGGAACUAAUAAAAGAGCUACAGCUGGCUUCUGCGAGUGACUUUGAUCAUCAGUUGAACUACAAGUCUACAAGCUUAAGUGGUAGGAGUAGCUAGUGCUACUGCACGCUAGUAGUUGUUUCUGUUCCCAGAAUUGUGAAACCAAUACUGCCAAUUGCCGUAGUGCUCUCUACUCAUGUGGUGGUUGUGCACUUGUUCUCCGAUC